AUGUCUGGUUUUGAUCUGACAAGUCAGGACAUGCAGCCUACAGAGCCUGAGACAGACUGCAUCGUUCCCCGGAUAAAACUGAGAGACGAAGUGUUUGUCUAUCUUGAUGGCAAAUGGGUGAAGGAGAUCUACUGCCAGCCACCCUCAGCUACUCACUGGGAACUCUUCAGCAAGAAGAAGGCACAGAAUGAAUGGAGCAUCUGGGAGGAGAACGAAACACUCCGAGAGGAAAACCGAAUCCUCCACAUGCAGAACAGGAUGCUCUGGGAGGAAAACGAGGCUCUGCAAUGUCUCCAGUCACAGAACAAAGCCAUCCAGGUUGCUUACACUGAUGUCAUUCAGCACGGCCUCCAGCAGGAAAACAAGCUGUUCCCAUUCUUCCAAGAGAGGAACAUAGGCUUUCAGGUCAAUUCAGGCAACCAAGCACUUCAGGUGGUCCAGGAAUAUAACGGGGUCUUGGAGGAUUUCCAACCGGAGAGCCAAGCAGUCCCCACCAUCUGGAAAGAGCAAGAAGCUAUCCCAGUCCCUGAAGGAAGCCAAGAUGCCUACUCAGAUCUUCAGGAGGACUCUAAUACCAGCACAGAUGUGGAAGAAGAGAACCCAGGCCCAGCUGCCCAGUAUAAACCUGAAGCUAAAAAGCAAAACUCGACUCCAACCCAGUGUAAGCCCAAACCUGCCUCAAGCAUGCAGAGUGAGCAAGAAAUUAUCCAGGUUCUCCGGGACUUACACGAAUUGCUCCACAUCUUCCUGAAAGGGAACCACCACCCUGGGAGGAAACAGGACUGCAACACUCACUGCAGUGGGAGGAGAUCCUUCCAAGAAGAGCACAAAAAACUGAAGCUGCAGCUGAAUGCUGUGAAAAAUACUGUGUCAGACAUGAAGGCUCAAAUGGAGAUGCUGGAAAAGGAGCUCAUUGCCAUCACUUCUCCGCUGGACAAAGAAGCAGAGCAUAAGCUGGCAACUGAGUAUUAUUAG